UUGAGCUGGCAUCUCUAUCCCUUCCUUACUCAACCCUUCCCCACGCGAGGCAACGUCGCGCUUUUUCUCUCUCUGCAAUCUUGUUUUUCUCUCACUACAUCUUCAAUUUCAACCCUUCCCAACGCGAGGCACCGUCACGCUUUUUCUCUCUCUGCAGUCUUGUUUUUCUCUCACUAAAGCUUCAAUUUCUCUCUCUCUCUCUAAAACUAGCAGUUAUAUAUGCGUUUGCUUUUUCCCCAUGUCAAAAUCUUGUGGCAUCGACUCUGUCUUUCCUCAACGCCCAUCGCUUCUUCGAUCCAAGAAUUUCACUGGUCUUAGACCACCUGCUCUUUCUUUUCCCCUCUUCUCUCUCUCACGACUGAAAUCUUUUUUCACUCUUAGACCCAUCUAGGGUUUUGAAGGUUUUUGUUUUUCCAUGGAGUGUUACAGUUGCUAUUCAAAUUCCUCUGUUUUUUUGGGCAAUGAUAAAUUGGCUAUGGGCGUUAGGUCUGCAGGGCGGUGUUCCAGCUUCCAGGCGGAAUUGGCCUCCAAAUCUGUUACGGUCAGGAGUUUUGAGGCGAAUUUUCGGGGAUCUGUUAAGUUCAAUAAUGUUGGGCCUUUUGGGGUUGACACAAAAAACAAGAAUGGAAAGGCUCGAUUGGGUCCGGUUGCCAGUGCAGGAUCUGGUAAAUGCCAUACAAGAAAAGUGUUUUCACCAAUGGAACCACAAUCAGAAGAAGGCAAGCUCUUGAGCCAUAUUCUGCAGUAUCAUCGCCACCUUUUUAAUGGUGCGGUGUCUGAACAAAUUGAGAAGUUAUCUGCUGAUAGAGCUGGAGCCAUUGCAAGGCAAGAACUAUGUGUGGGCAAUGAAGAAUCCCUCCUUCACAGGAGAGUUGCCGAACUGAGAGAGAAGGAAUGUCAAGUAGCAAUUGAAGAAGUGAUGUACAUGUUGAUCGUUCACAAGUUCUCAGAGAUCAACGUCCCCAUGGUGCCGAGACUGUCAAAGUGCAUCAAAAAUGGGAAAGCAGACACUUGGUCAUGCCAUGACAGCGAGCUUGAGGCCAUCCAUGACUGGGAGGCUCGGAUUAUGGUCAAAGAUCACUUAAACAAGAUCCUUGGCCGACGUAGUGACUCAUCCUACACUUUGAAUAGCUGUGUGAUGACCCUUAUUGGAAGGCUUCAACUUGGGAAACUCUAUGCAUCUUCGGUAAUGUAUGGCUACUUCUUAGAAUCUGCUUGUCGAAGGUAUCACUUGGAGAAAAGCCUCCAUGUCAGAUCUGAUCACCCUCUUUUCCAAGGUAUCACUCUGCCUGAUAGUGGAUGCUGGCAUCUCACACCUGAGACUUUGAUUCCUCUUGGAGUUACGGAAGAGCAAGAGACUUGUUGUGGAGAUACCUAUUCAAGUAAAACAAUUGAUGAGCUUGAUUCCUUGAAGAGAUAUAUUACUGGGUUUAAUGCGGAGACCUUCCAGAGAUGUGCGGCUCUGAGGUCGAAGGAAGCGGUAAAUUUGGUAGAGAAGCACAGUUGGGCACUGUUUGGGGAAUGUGAGGAGGAAGGAGAGGAGGGUAUGGGAGAGGAGCAGGAUGAAGUGCUUUUGAUUUCAAUUUCGAGUUUGAAGAGGUUGGUUUUGGAGGCAGUUGCGUUCGGUUUGUUCCUUUAUAAUGUGGAAGCCUAUGUUGAUCCAAUCUAUAGGUUAGAGGAGAAUCACUGAAGUGAUUAUCUGGUUAGGUUAAGUUAGAUGUAAAUGGCUUAGUUCGUUAACACAGGUAAACUGCGUAGAGAAUAUUUAUGGGAGUUCAUGAUCCCAUUCUAACUGCACUGGCUGACUCUCUUUCUCCAUCAUUGUACAGUAAAUGAUGAAGCUUUUUGCACACUUGAUUCUCGUUGGAACCUUGUAUUAUAUUUUCCCCUCAGCACUAAUAUUUCUCAUUAGAGUUGGAGGAACUGCUUUCUAUC